ACGCCAAUGCGUCGUCGCGGGCAUAGAACAGAGAAAUCAUGGAGCUUUUGUUAAGUCAGGUCCAGCGUUAUCGUGUAAUGUCAGUUUAAAGAUUACAACUAUUAUGUUAAAAUGAACCCGACAAGUGUUAAGAACUAUUCGAUUAUAGAAACAAUUGGUGCGGGUACUUAUGCGACCGUUUAUAAAGCAAAACGAAAGGAGGAACCAUGUGAUAUCGUGGCAAUAAAAUGUGUGAACACAUCGGAGUUGUCAAACUCGGCGAUCAACAAUCUCAUGACGGAGAUAAGUGUAUUGAAGAUAUUAAAUCACGAGCAUAUCAUAAAAAUGAAGGAAUUUUUCAGUAUCGAAAAACGAGUAUACAUUGUAACGGAGUAUUGCGAUGGCGGUGAUCUUUCAAAGUAUAUUAAAAAGCAUGGACAAUUGCCUGAAAACAUAUGUCAAAGAUUAUUACAACAGCUAGGUUUAGCAUUGAAAUAUUUGAAAGAUCAAAACAUCAGUCAUAUGGAUUUGAAGCCGGAGAAUUUGUUUCUCGUGAUAAAACCUUAUUUGAAACUUAAGCUUGGAGAUUUCGGUUUCGCACGGUACACUAAUAUCGAAUUCAUUUAUGAAUUACGUGGGUCAUUACGUUACAUGGCACCGGAGAUUUUAUUAGUUAAAAAGUACGACGCUCGUACAGAUCUUUGGAGCGUCGGUGUGAUCAUGUAUGAGUGUCUUUUUGGAAAGCUACCUUAUUCUGUUACUAAUUCUGUACAAUUGAAGAGGCUAAUGAUAGGACGUCGUCCAAUCGAGAUUCCAGAAGUGCCUCCUAUAUCCGAUGAAUGCAAGAGUCUUCUGUCAUCGUUGCUGAAGUACGAUCCUGAAGCUCGCAUAAGUUUCGAAGAUUUCUUUUCCAAUGCGUUUUUGGACUUGAAACAUGCACCAAGCAAGGAAAGCUAUCAGAAAGGUUUGGAACUUGCACAAGAAGCUGUCAAAAAGGAUCGUGAAAAAGAAUCACAAGAGGCAUUCCAUUUGUAUUGUGAGGCCUUGAAAUAUUUUAUUCCAUUAUUGAUAAACGACAGUGAUUCGGAAAAAAAAGAGGCUAUGAGGUUACACGUGAACGAUUAUAUAAAUCGAGCGGAGGAACUCAAAUUACAAUUUAAAGAUAAAGAAAAUAGUCAGGAAAAGAAAAGGGUUAACCAAAAGGUAGAAGAGACAGAAUGCGUUCCAAGGACAUCGUCUGAAGGGUUGUCAUCCCCGUUAAAUAGAUUCCCGGGACAUUCUUUUCACAAAUUACGAAUUCUCAGCAAGAGUACACCGAGUAUGGCCGAUGCACUCGACAUUGGAGAAGUUGGCGUGCAAUAUCUUUCUGAGGGCAAUUACGUUCAAGCUUUAGAAAAAUUUCAAUCGAGUUUAAGUGUCUUGGUACCGUUGUUGAGUAAAGAACCACUUGGCCAUAGAAGAGAUCUGCUUCACGAACAGGUACAACUUUGGAUGCGAACGGCCGAAAGUACGAAGAUUCUUUUAUCAGCAAAAAAUAUGAAAUCUAUCCAACGUGACUCUGACUACUAUGAUUGUAUAAUACAAUAAAAAGGAAAAUAAGAGACGAUAUU